AUCGUACCUGCCUCCGCAUUGCAGUGCGUCAUGGUCGACCCUGGCUUACUACCGAAGUUCCGCGAACAACCACUUCACGGUCCUAUUCGUUUUGUCCGCGGGCCUCAGCGGAUGUCAAAGGUCGCGUGCGCUGCAUAGAGUUCAGAGUUGGUCUGUACUUCUUGUACUUCUUUGCCGACUCCCGUACGCGUAUAAAUCUCGAUGUUGUCAUCACACGAUCCGCACACAGCAGAGCUCGCGUCAAAGCUCCUUCUUAACCCCACAUGACGGCCGCCUGAAGCUUGGAACUUACACAACUCAGCGACGUUCUCAGAGUUGUCAAUACAUCACAUGAUGACGACGAACGAUACCGAGCGCCGACCCUCGGUCAUGGCGCACGCGCUCGAUGGACUGUUGAACACGCCACGAACUGAGAGAGAGGGUUCAUGGACACCAGAAGGCUCCUCAGACAUGUCAGAUGUAGAUGGUGCAACCCAAUUGAGAGCUACAACGAAGGCGGAUGCCACCGAAAAUCGAAGUGGGAACACAACGGCGAUACCGUCUGACGGCAGUGAAGACGGGGCAUUUGAUGACAAGAGAGACGACAACAGAUAUAAGAAAAAGAGGAAGAGCAUCCAGGUUUUGAUUGACGACUCGGGAAAGAAGACGCAGCACAGUCUCACAGCAGAAGACUUCCGAGAGAUCAUGCGCUCCGGUAUGCAGAAGGAGGUGGAGAAGCUGAGUGGAAAAUCUAAAGCCAGGAUCCGAGACCUAGUCUUCACUCGUCAGUUCACGACCUUCGAUCGUCAAAAUCCUAGCGCAUCGCAAUCGCCCUUCCACGGUUUCUUCACGUUGUUCUGGAUUGCAAUGGCACUGCUGCUCACGCGGAUUGCAGCCUGGAACUACAAGGAGCAAGGGUCAGUGUUUGGCAAUGCAGAGAUAUUGCACUUGAUGGUAGAUCGCGAUCUAUUCGUACUAUUGGCCACAGACGCGGCUAUGUGUGCUGCCACUAGCUUUGGCUUUUUCUUGCACAAAGCUAUCGCUGCCGGCUACCUUUCAUGGGGUGGCUCAGGUUGGAUCAUCCAGUCCGUGUGGCAAUUGUUCUUCACAGGCUUCGUCAUUUUUUGGACGUUCUGGAGAGAGUGGCCUUGGACACACACAGUUUUCGUCGUAUUGCACGUUUUUGUGCUGCUUAUGAAGCAGCAUGCAUACUCUUUUUACAACGGUUACCUAUCUCGUGUAUAUCGCAGGCGUAACUUGCUUGAACAAAAACUUCGUCAACUUGACGACUUGAACGCACACCAGGGCCCCUCACCAACGUUACCUAGUGUAGAAACGUUGGCAGCAACUGGCAUAGAGCGCCCAAAUGACAACACUCUGUCACAUCGCAAAAGCCGUGGCCCGAAAUACUCGACCGACUUCACCACAGAAGGAUCACAGAUUGCGUCUAUUGGCCAAGCUAUCGAGACCAGUGAGCCUCUAGAUGCUGAACAAAUUCAAGCCUUUCAUCGUGUUCUCACAACCGAGGUCACGAUCCUUGAUGAAGAACUCCGCGGCAAAUGCACAACGACCGACAACAUGUAUCCCAACAACCUGACCAUGAACAACUUCGUUGAAUGGACUUGUCUACCUACCUUAGUCUAUGAUCUCGAGUACCCCCGCCAAGAGCGCAUUAAUUGGUGGUACGUGGCCGAGAAAGCUGCCGCUACACUGGGUGUCAUCUGGAUUAUGAUCGUCAUAUCGCAAGCAUACAUCUACCCUGUCGUCAUUGAGACCACAAGACAGAAAGAGGCAGGCAUGUCGCUCGAUGAACGCUGGAAAGAGUUUCCCUGGGUCGUCAGCGACAUGCUGUUCCCCAUGCUACUCGAACAGCUCCUCUCUUGGUACGUCAUCUGGGAAUGCCUUCUCAACGUUCUGGCCGAGACCACGCGCUUUGCCGACCGUGGCUUCUACGGUGACUGGUGGAACAGUGUGAGUUUUGACCAGUAUGCACGCGAUUGGAACAGGCCGGUUCAUAACUUCCUGUUACGCCACGUCUAUCACUCUUCAAUCUCGUUCUUUCACCUGUCUAAGAUGCAGGCAACUUUCUUCACCUUUCUGCUCAGCGCUAUCGUGCACGAGGUGCUCAUGUUCUGCAUCUUUCACAAAGUCAGAGGGUAUCUCUUUACAUUUCAGCUGACGCAGCUUCCGCUCGCGGCGUUCAUGAAGUCCAGGUGGAUGAAAGGGAGACAUACGCUGGGCAACGUGAUAUUUUGGUUUGGGUUGUUCAUUGGGCCAAGUGUCAUCACCAGUCUGUAUUUGAUAGUUUGAACUUGUUUGUAGCUGAAUGAGAAGACCUAGCUGGGUCGCUUGCAAGCCGC